AUGAAGGACGGGAAACAGAACCUGGUAGAGAACCCGCUCGAUCGCAGUGGAGCAAUCCAUCCUGGAGUUGGCUUGGACAUCCAUGGCAGCUCCGCUGGAGCGUCGACUCUGGGCGGGUUUGUGCAGCUGCGAUUUUCUGGACAAUCCCACUGGCACACGUAUGGUCUGACAUGCUUUCACGCCGUUUGGCCCCCAGAGGGGAAGCGCCCAGAAUCAAUGUACAGAUUGAAGGAGCAGCAACCGCUAAUGGUGACUAUAGCGCUUUCAAACUGGGAAUAUGGCCCGCUCAGAUUAGGACAUCCACUCUCCACCAUUGCCCGACAAAUCUUGAAAGUCGAUCAUCCAUCUCUCGGAGAUCUCCAGCAUACCAUCGCCGAGAUAAGUGGCAUUAUCGAUAAUAUUAAAACCGAAGAGUUUCUCGAGUUGGAAGCGACUCAGAGGGCAAUUGACGAAGGCGAGGAUCUGUGGAUUCCAGAAUCCGCCGCCAGGCGUUAUAAGGGAAUCGCCAGGCAAAUCAGCGACCUUGAAGCCCACCGACAACCACUUGCAACGAUGCGCGACAAUAGGUCCUACUACCUGAGACAUGUUGUUGCUGGAAGCGGCGUGUACCGGACCCAAAAGAACGGUGCAGAACAAGCCAUCAAGUAUGGACUGGGCUUUGAUUGA